AUGGCACAGGCAUUAAGGAACCUAUUGGUGGAUUAUAUUCAGAAAAGGGAAAUAAGGGCAGAUGAGCAACAGGGCGAUACUGGGCCGGGCAGUUUCAGCGAAAUAUUCUGGGGGGACGUUAAAAAAGUAUAUAGACAGUUAUUGGCGGCAAUGGAGGAACCCAGGCCUGACAUAGAGACCUUGUGCUCAUCUAGCGAGCUGGAUGAGAAUGGGGUCUCACAGGCCGAGCACGCUCCAUCCUUAUGCCAGGACAUCAUGAAAGUUUAUUAUUUUAUGGAUGGUAUUCCCACAGCGGACGCAAAGCCUGCGGCUGCACCUCAGACUCAGGACCAGAUACACCCAUUCAUGAGGUGUAUGGUAGGAUACGUAAUUUUAGCCAAAAAAUUUGCACCGCUGUGUGACUUCAACGCCUUGAUGCCCUAUGCACGCAAGGCUACAGACGCUAUGAGGCCAAGGUACCAAGUGGACACUAGUAAUAGUGCAUGCAACGGAUUGAACCUGGAUUCAUUAAGAAUAGGGCACAAAUUGGUAGGAGCAACCAUUAAGGAAUGGAUCGAGGAGAACAGUAGUCGGUGGGCCGACAUCAUGGAAGAUUAUAUGGACGACACUUGUGCCGAACACAGCACAAUUGCCGCAGGCAGCAAUAGCGGGCAGGAUACACAGGCAGAGACAGAGCAAGAGGGUGCGAUAGGGACAAUUAGUGUGGAGGAUUUAAAGAGGUUGGCCGAUAGUAGAGAUGAAUUAUCCAAGCACGCAGCGACAACAGUUUUGAAUCAGAUACAGGGACUGAAUGAUGGCGAUGACAUAAUGAAAAGGUUGAGAGACGCAAUUGCAGAAGUGGAAUCGGCAGGAAACAUAAAUGUGGCGAAAGAACAAAGAACACGGUCCCGAGGCACACAUACAACAUCGUCAUCAUCCGGAUCAUCAUCAUCUUCAUCGUCAUCACCAUCCGGGACGUCCGAGUCGGCGCCCGCCACAUCCGCCACGGCGGCUAUUGUGCCGGCAAGCACACCAUCAAAGGACACGUCAGGCGCAGCGAAACCGGCAGCGAAGGAGGCGGCAACCACACAACCGGUACCUGCAGGAGCAGCUACCUCAGGUACUGCAUCAGCACCAGGAGCGCAAACACAAGCACCGCCGCAACAACCGGCAUCCCCAGUAUUACCAGCAACGGACACGCAACCACCGGCGGCACCCCCAUCAACAUCAGGAGCCGGAUCAGCCGGAGGAUCAGGGGGCCAAGGACCAGGCCCUGGACAACAACCCCCACCUCCACAACCACCACAGUCACAGGACCCUGCAGGAAAGCACGAGCGCACACCUAACAACCACCAGGACACUGCAACAGGUGAGUAUACUUGCCCGCAUGAAAAGUCCAAGAAUCCGCACGCCGCCAUAGAGUCACAUGCAGGUUCACGUGUGAGCAUUACCAAAGGCCACUAUACCCCUGAAGGUCAACCGUCAUGUGAAAAGAUUAACGAACUUCUGCGCACUCAGCACAGUCCGGCAACUAAUUUUAACCCUACGGACAAAAAGAGUAGUGGUGAUACUAAAGACGUGACGCCACCGGACCACAAAAAAGGAGUAUCACAGUCUCCAGAACUGACACCAGGACCUGCACCAUCACCUGCAUCUCCAGAGGCACAGCCGGAACUGCCGGCACAACCGGAAACACCAGUAGCAACAGACCCAGCAGCAUCGGACCCAACAUCACCAUCAACAGGAACAGAAACAACAUCAACAGGAAAAGGAGGGGACGGUAGUACGAGUGACACGAAGCAUGCCGUUGCCAUCGUCGAUGGCGGUAACGAUGACCCCCCUCCGCUCAAUCCACCCAAACCAAAACCGAAUCCCGAUCAGACCGCCAGUAGUAGCGGCGCCGACAAAACCACUGCAGGGGUCGAUCCGGAUAAGCACUGUACUAAUAAAGGUGAAGGCCACGGGUGUGAUCUCAUGUUAGCAGUACCAUUUGAACCUACCACAAACCUCUCGGAUGGACACUUUGGUUUAGGUGCCACACCCGCUAUACGGGACUUAAACAAAGAUGGAGUCCGCAAGGAGGACGUGCCCCUCGAUGUCCCUGACCUAACGAACGCCGUCCUUACCGCCACUACUCCCGUACUCUUCUUCUUGUCCGCCGUCACCGUGGCCCUCCUUGGUUAUUCGCUUUGGAAGGGUUUAGGGUUCAGCGUUUAG